AUGACCUCGACUUCUAUUACUCUAGCUGCCUCUAGCUCGGGGCGAGUAUCUGGCAAAAACUGGAAGACACGCAAGACAGCAACAGUCCGCUCAAAUCUACCCACCGGUGUCAAGACCAAAUCAUGGCAAGAGAGAAAGCGAAAGGACACCCAAAUGGCAGCCGUAAAGGCACUGCAAAAGGAACUCAAAGAUGAGAAACUCGCAGAGAUUCAAAGGUGGGCUAUGUUCGCCGUCCGAUGCGGAACCCGCCCCCACUCACAGCACGGGUUCGACAGGCGCAAAGAGAUUACCAAAGAACGGAAAGAACGUGCAGAAGAGCGCAAGCGACUCGAGGAGAUGAAGGCAAAGAUGUCGGCGAAAAAGCUUGCUCGCAUGCGAAGAAGACAAGGUCGAACAAAAAAGAUCAAUGGAUGA